AUGCGGUUAGCGACUCCGAUAGUUGUUGUAUUAACUAUACUUGGCGAUGUUAGAGCAGAAGACUCCAACUGUGGCUUUAGUCAAAAUGUAGAGGUUGGAAAAACACACUACUUACACAACCCUGGAUAUCCUUUCAACUACGUUCCAGGAACAAAGUGCAAUUGGCAUAUUUCAUGUCCCCCGGGAUAUAAUUGCAGAGUCGACUGCAAAGUUGACAUUCUAAAGAGCGAUGACUGUGAGCUUGAUCGCCUUUUGGUGUCAAGGACUGGUAUCAACGUGCUCAGUUCAGCGGAUCUGUACUGUGAUAAGUUAGACUUCACAGCUAUCUCCCUUCAUCAAAAACUUAGCCUCGCUUUAAUAUCACCAGGACACGGUAACGGUGGAAAGUUCAAUUGCAAAGUGGUUGCUCAACCCGAAUCCCGAGACACAGAACCAUGUUCGUGCGGCCAAUCAAAUUUGACUCGGGUGUGGGAGGACCAGAAUACUUCGCCCGGCGAGUAUCCCAGCACGGUGGCGUUGGUAGAGCGCGAUCACGCUGGUAUCUUGUGUGGUGGUGUCAUGAUAACCAACAAAAAUAUAGUCACAUCUGCACAUUGCACCACAACGAAGAUGCCGGAAGACUUGAACGUUUUAGCGGGAUAUCGUGAUACAUCCACCGGUGUGGCAAUUGCUGGCAAGAAAGCCUACGGAGUGCUGAAGAUCCAAGAACACCCCUCCUUUUAUGGUUAUUACAAUGACUAUGACAUCGCUAUUGUGACAUUGACAGAGAAUAUCGAGCUGAACGAAUACGCUAGUCCUAUUUGUUUGCCGUUUCGCUUCACAUACGAAGACUUCGUCGGCGAGAGGCUUACAAUAGUUGGUUGGGAUAUACUAAGUAAUGACGGUCCAUCCGAGAUCCUGCAGAAAGUACAGGUGGAGGUCAUGCAUCGAAACACUUGCGAACGCGUCUUCUCGAAUGUGUCAUGGCGUCAGAUUUGUUCUUACUCACCUGGAUUGGACGCGUGUGAAUACGACUCAGGCGCACAGCUGAUAUACACAGACCGUAAUACCGAAGCAUUGUACCUGGCUGGAAUCGUGAGCUCUGGUCGCGUGUGUGCUACGGCAAAGGCACCAGGGGUCCACACUCGCGUCGCUAAAAUGCUCGACUGGAUAGAGGCUACAGCGCCCGCGGAAUACUGCAAAAUAUAA